GGGCCGCCCACUUCGCCCUCGAGGGACGCGCCCCCGACGAGGUCAACUGGGCCCGCAUCGCGCAGGUCGGAGGAGUGGCACGGUUGCGGGGAGAGCCCGAAGGACUCGUCGCGGAACGCCCGGCCGAGCCGCGCUUCGAGGAUGGGCUCCAAGGGCUCCGUCGAGGAGAAGGCGUCCAUCCUGUCCCUCGGCUCCCUGGACGAUGACGCCGACGCGCGGAGGAAAUGUGCCGCAGACAUCGGGAGCUCGUCGGACUCCAGCUCCGAGUCGGAGGACGGUGGCGUCAACAGGCUUGGCAUCGAUGGCAGCCUGGAGGCCUCGCGCCACGAGGGCAAGGCCCGCCUGCUGAAGGAGCAAGCGAGGAGGCUCGAGGAGAUGGCCCGGAAGCUCGAGGACUUCAACCAGCGCCGCCGGCCCGAGGCAAUGUGGAGGGAGAGCAGUGAGAAGUCGACGCCCUGGGCAGUCCAGCUUCGAGAAGACAUGAACAGGCUGGCCGAAGUCGACGAGAGCAUGCACGCGUGGUCCACGAGCAGGAAAAGCGAUUUAGACAUCUUCAUACCCGGCGGGAAAGGCAAGGGCAACAAGGAGGACGACCUCGUCCAGGCGGUGAUGGCGCUCCAGAAGCUCUGCCUGAGGACGGCGGCCGAGGGCCGCGACCUGACCAAUAUCGUCGGGGAGUUCUGGCUCGUGCCCUCGGAUCGCGAUGUCAUCAAGACCGCCAAGGAGACGGGCGCCGACUGCGCCAGUCGGGUCAAAACGAUCGGAAAAGGCCACGGCCUCGGGCCCCCCUACUUGCACGUCGCCUCGGAGGUGCUGGGCGCGACGAGGGACAGCCUCGACCCAAGCGUUCCCGAGGAGCAGGAGGCCAAGAUCAUCGUCGACGCUUGGACGACGAUGGCGGACAACGCGGACUACGGCCGAGCCUUCGUGAGCGAGACCAUCAGGAUGUUCAGGGUGAGCGACGCGCACAGGAAGGACGACGAGAUGGAAGGGCCCGACCACCAGGGCAAGCUGAUGUUCGCCCUUUCACCGCACUUCGACCUGAUGACGGCCCUCAAGAUGGAGAAAAAAACGAUCGCCCCGCCCGCGAAAGAGUUCCACGCCGAGAAGUUGCUGCAGGCCAUGGGGGUGGCGUUGCGCAAAGCGGGCGGGGCGAAACCGAUCGGCAGCGGGCCGAAACCGGAGCUGGACCGAGUGGUCGAGCGCCAGCUGAAGGCGCUGCAGAAGAAGUGA